GAAUUAGCGUAACAAGGUUGUCAUUAUGCACUGUAAAGGUACAGUAAGAUGAGAAACUUUAAACAUUUUAAGCAUAUAUACAUAUAUUGUAAUGCUCUCAGGUUCACAUGGGUAUGCACCCUUAUUGCUGCCGUCUCAGGUCGCUCUCCCACCCCCACCGUUGGGGACUCAAACCCGGGCCAAUGGCGUCACUCAACAGGGACCAAACCAGUUGAGCUAAAGUGAAAUCUGCAGGCCCUGCUAAUCACAGGGAAGGGCUCCUGAUAUUCACGUAUUAACAGCUAUCCAGUAACAACAAGAUUGACGUUAUAUAGAAAUAUCCCAGUUGUGGUGUUCUUUAAGUCCUUCAUAGCCAUUUAUACUACAAUUUGGAAGUAAACAGUAGCUUUAUGCGACACAAUAUAUAAAAAGGAACAUUCCCAACCUUGUCUAAAUUGUAAUUUAUUUAACCGCUGCUGCAGUUAUUCCUGUUUUUACUUCUUGGUUUUAUUUCAAAAUAAAUGCUAGAAAGAAUUAUUUUUAAGACCUCCCUAUUUAGGAAUUGUCCUUGCUUUAACAAUGUCACAGACCCGAGCCAGUUGCACACAGCCGGACUUCCGGUGCCAUUUUUUUUCUUCUAGACAGUUACUGCACACAGGAAAAUCCAUAUUAAUUACGUUCUGAACUUCAGGGUUUGUGAUUGUGCUGUAGAGUUUAAUUACAGUGCAGAAUACAGAGGUACACAGUAAAAACUACAGGGUAUUCACCUUUGCAACUGCAGUGCACUGCUCAAAGUUAAAAUUCAGAAUACCAAAACGCGGUGUAGUGGUUGCCACGGUGACGCCUGGUAAUGACGUCCUAUUUCUCCUCUAUUUGUUUCAGACUUUCUCCAGUCACCUUUACAGGCGCUGCUCUUUAUUCACCCGCAAGAAGUCGUAAAGAGAAGAAUAAAGUAAUCCUAAAACAGAUUGGGGGACGUUCAGGAGUCUUUUUGAGAGGAGGAGACGAAUAGAAGAAAAACAAAGAUGGCUGCCCAGUCCAGGAGUCGAUGUCAAGCUGAGUCGCGAUAGAGACGGAAAGUCGGAGCGGAUCUGGUCCAGAGGAGCUCAGCGCUGGUUGGGUAGGAAGAAAGCGGAGGAUCGAUGUACUGAGCCCGGGGUGCCGGUGAUCUGGAGGCUGGGUGGUGACACCGAGCAGUAAAGACAAUUCAACGUGUGUUGUUUUGUUUUCAGCUGAAGCAAAAUAGAUCUAUAUUUUGAGUGUUGGGAAAAUGUAAAAUUUCUUUCAUAAUAGACAUCAGCAUCAAUAUAAUUCAACGGUUUCUCAUUAGAUGCAGACGUCACUUCUUGGGCAUUACAAAAUUGCACCGCUAUUAUUGCAUCUAAUAUUACGAAAUAUAGUGUAACCACUUUUCAUUGCACAGCUGUACAUUCAGUUUGGGGCGCACUGCGCGUCUGAACUCGGGCUGACAGGCAGGCAGGCAGACAGACAAAGAGACAACCCGCUGCAUCCCCGAUGUCUUCUCUAGAGGAGAGGGGAGAUGUGGGGGUCGCGGCUGUCGCUACUCCGGGCUCCUCUUCCUCGGCCGGGCUUGGGGUUGGGGCGGUGGGAGCCGGCCUCGAAGCGGGGCCAGGGGGCGCCGGGCUAGUCGGAGGACAGGACGAGGCUGGGUUGCGGAGAGAGGGACCGGGGCCUGAGGCCGACCCGGACGCGCCGCCCAAGAAGCGGGUGAGACUGCAGGAAGGCGAGGCAGGGAAAUUGGAGGAGAGACUGUACUCUGUCCUGUGCUGUACCGUGUGCCUAGACCUGCCCAAAGCGUCCGUCUACCAGUGUACGAAUGGGCACCUGAUGUGUGCCGGCUGCUUCAUCCACCUGCUGGCGGAUGCACGGCUGAAGGAGGAGCAGGCCACCUGCCCCAACUGCCGCUGCGAGAUCAGUAAGAGCCUGUGCUGCCGCAACCUGGCAGUAGAGAAGGCAGUGAGCGAGCUGCCCUGCGAGUGCGGCUUUUGCCUCAAGCAGUUCCCCCGCAGUGUGCUUGAGAGGCACCAGAAGGAGGAGUGCCAGGACAGAGUGACCCAGUGCAAGUACAAGCGGAUUGGCUGUCCUUGGCAGGGUCCCUUCCAUGAGCUGACAGUACACGAGGCAGAGUGCUGCCAUCCCACCAAAACAGGGAAUGAGCUGAUGGGUAUCCUGGAUGAGAUGGACCAGUCCCACCGUAAAGAGAUGCAGCUCUACAACAGCAUCUUCAGUCUGCUGUGCUUCGAGAAGAUCGGCUUCACAGAAGUGCAGUUCCGACCAUAUCGGACAGAUGACUUCAUCACCCGGCUGUACUACGAGACCCCGCGCUUCACAGUCUUGAACCAGACCUGGGUGCUGAAGGCGCGCGUGAACGACUCCGAGCGCAACCCCAACCUGUCCUGCAAGCGCACGCUGUCCUUCCAGCUGAUCCUGAAGAGCAAGGUGAACUCUGCGCUUGAGUGUUCCUACCUGCUGCUCAAGGGGCCCUAUGACGAUGUCAAGAUCAAGCCGGUCAUCUACCACUACGUCUUCAGCAACGACACCAAUGAGACUGACUACAUGCCCCUGCCCAUCAUUGACUCGGUGGAGUGCAACAAACUGCUGGCAGCCAAGAACAUUAACCUGAGGCUCUUUAUUUUCCAGAUACAGAAAUAACACAGGAGGAGAAUGGUGAGCCCUGAGAGGCACUUCUGAACCAGGCUGUUGUGAGCCUCUUCAUUUCCACCUAAAGAGAUAAAGACAAGUCAGGCACACAGCUUCAGAAAGCACCACUGAACCACAGUUACCUCUUAAUAGGAAGCAAACAGCUGUUGCAACAGAAAACCAAGUCACUAGGGCUCAGGGUGGCAGGGGGGACGAAGGGGGGAUUGGAAUAGCCAAGGUUUCAUCACCGUAGAUCUUUCAGUCAGCACCAUGUUUCAAACACAUUCUCUGACACUUUAUAAAUUCCCUGGUUUUGCAUGAUAAAAUAUGAGAUAUGCGAUACUACUGCAUUGACUUGACAGCAGUUCCAGCAAGUUAUCUUUUAUAUAAUUUUACUUUCUUGUCUUUAUCCCCUUGAGCAAAGUAUUAUAGCUAUAAAAGUGAAAUGUCCUUCCUUUCCCGAGCCCUCUUUAGCAUUUUUAUUUGACCAGCACCUUUUGAACUUUACAACUGUUUUCUGAGUGUACCUGGUCAGUAUUAUAGAUCACUUUAGCUUGUACAGCUAAAAAAUUGCCAAAGGCACUUCUUGCAGCUUUUGCAAUUCAGGAACAACACUUCUUCCAGUAAAAUCCCACCAGCUGUGACUUUUACUGCUGAGCAGAACAGUGAGAAACAUUAGAUUUUAAUUUUGCUCUCCUCAUCAGAUUUUUGUCUGUCUUUCAGUCAAUAAAUGUUAUGGAUGGAAUAUGCUAGUUUCUAUGUAAACAAAGUUGAAGCACUAAGACCUAGCCUAUUAUUUCUCUGUAAUUUGACAUUGGAGAGUCACAAUACUGUCUGCACUUAACCGGUGAAAUUAAUUUAAGAGUCUGGAAUGAACAAAAUUAUCACAGCAGGUGGGAUUUCUGAGGAGGAUAUUGCAGUGGUCUGUACAUCAUACAAAAUACCUGCAGAAAGGCUUGCAUUAAUUACAAACUCUUCAGAUUUCUAAAUUAGUUUCUCAUAUGUGAAACAUGAGUAGGAUUCCUGAAACCAUGUGCUUUGCAUGAAGUUUCAUACAGGGAAAUCCUGUUAUCCUGGUUGAGCAUUUUGACAAUCUCUGAGAAUGAGGUCUUGGGUGACAGCAGAGAGUAGUAUAUCAGUUACAUACAGGGAUAAAGACAGGGUGAGGUUUUGUUAAAAAUCCUAGAGAAGGUUUUAUUUUAGUCUUUAUCUAGAUUUUGUUUCCCCAGCUUUCUUUGCCUUUCUUAGAGCAGGCACAGUUUGAUGAGGGGCUGCUUAUGAUAACUAUCACUUCAUGUGUCAAUAAGCAUUUCUGUAAAUCACAUGGUGUCAGUCAUGGGCUGGAAAGGCUGUGCAUGGGGAUGGAGUUAAAUUAUAAUAUUAGAGAAAAACUGAAAUCCAGUCUGUGCCAAAUUAUUUUUCCUUUAUAUGUUUGCAUAAUGUACCACCAUGGUAUGUGGAUAAUAGGAAACAAAGCUUUCUCUUCCCUAUAUUAAAUUCAAUCUACAAUCUAAUUUUCUCUGAUAAAAUGUGCAAAAAUAUAUUUUUCAUGAUUCCCAGAUUAGGACUAUAGGCUUUUUAUCCAAUUCCAAUAUGAGUUAUCUUCAUAUGUGGUAGAUUUAACCCUAGUCAAGAUUGAAAUUAGAAGGUCCUAAGACCUGUUGGAAAUGAGGCUAAGGUAGUCUUAUUAUAUUACAUUAAAAGAGUAUCAUUAGCAGAAUUUAGAUUUGCCUUUGCAUUUUUGUAUAGUCCUUUCUGAAAGGUCUUACGCUUGGGAAUUGGUCAGAAUCUACCAAGACUGAAAGUCAAAAUUUUUUUUUUGAGGUUUUACUUUAAAAUGAUUCUAAUUAUUUUGGGCAUUCUAUAGACAUUUCUGCAUCUUUUUUUAUAUCAUAUAUACAAUAUAGUAGAAACUGUUCAUCUGUGUUGCUAGAUAUUUCAAAGUGAACAUGACAUUUAUGUUAUGGUACGAAGAACAACUCAAUGAAUGACUAAACUAUACAUAAAUAUGUAGGUUAACUAAAUGGAGGAUAGCAACAGAUCAGUUUCAGUUGCAUAGGUGGCAUCAAAAAUACUGUAGAUCAUUCACUAUACUACUGUAUUUUAAUCUAAUACAGUGCAAUACUCAUGCUCCUGUAUCUCUCAAAUGUGUAAUUCUGCUCGGCUUACUCAUUUAGGUGUUCUUCCAUAGGUGGCACUGUUUAGUUCCUUGAGCAUUUUUCUGGUCAGUUUGGUAAUUUAGCUCCAUGCCACAUGGAAUUGAAAGUAUGUAGAUUCAGAUGGUUCAGGGCCAGUUCUUUUGAAUAUUGUAGAACUGUGACAUACGGCUAUAUAUGGGAGGAAUAUCUCUAUAUGUAUCCAGAUGUCAGUGAUGGAUGCAGAAUUGUAUGAUACUUUGCUUGUGUGUUUAUUUGUUUAGCGAGGUCCCAGUUUUUUCUUUUUUUAAAACCGAUUGGGUGGAAUUGCUAUUAUUAUUUAGGUAUCGGCACUAGAAUAAAAAAAUGAAUUCCUUGUGGACUGGGUUUUAAGGAACAUUUUGUAAUCAGGACAAAUACUUAAAUUCACACAAAAUUAGUUUUAUAGUUUUAAAUCUGAGAAGAAGUGGCUAGAUCUUUGCAUGCAUAUACAUAUAUUUUUGCAAAUUGCAUUCAAGAUCUAUAUUUUGAACCAUAUAAGUUAUUAAAACAUCUUUUUUUGCUAUACUGUACCUUACCAUUUAAAUUUAAGAUGAUUUUGGCUAAAGGUUUUAACUUUUUUUUAAAUUCUGGUCAGUGCUUAGGUGAAUUCUGAAGGAUGGCAUCUUACCAUUCAUUUCAGAAAGGAGUUAUUGGUGUUGAAACAAAUUGCAACAUACUGUGAAUGGAGAGCUUGUUCACAGUUUUUAUUUCUUAAGUUAGUGUUCCUGUUAAAACCAUUUUAUGUGAACAGCCAUUUAUUGUAACCUUCAAAUUGCCUUUCAUGUGGAAGUUAUUAUUGGGCUGGAUUAAAAAUCAUUACCUCUUUAUCCAUGUGACCGCUCUCUGAGCAGCUACUUGUCCAGUUCUGCAUUGCAGAUGCAUUUUUUUUCCCCAAUGUUACUGAAAUCCCUGCUGCUAAGUAGUACGUUUUGUGGGUAAUUGUGCAGCACGGUAGUUGGAAAUUAUACUGAACAAAGCUUUCUGUAUUCGCCAUGCUUUGCUCCAAAGUGCUUGCUUUCUGCCACAGAGAUGUGCUCAUUUGAGUUGGUGAUAGGAUAGAGUGGAUAGUUUGUGUGUUCAACAUUUUAAGGAGCUGAAUGACACUUUAAUAGGCAAUGCAGUGUUAUCAUGGGUAUUAUUCUUAUCAACCUAUACACUGCGGUUCCUUCCUGCUUUGUGGUGAUAUAGCUUUAGUAUGCCUUUGCCAGCUUCAGUUGAUCUUUUACACUAUUGCUGGAAAUGUGCCUUUUCGGAAAGUACGGUAAUGGGCAGUUUUAAGUUAAUUUGUAUAAUACGACUUAGAAGGACUGUGUCUGUGCAGUGAUUUGCUUUCUGUUAUACUCAUCUGCUACACUGUAUCUUCUUACUAUCUCUAAGGGUCUGCUACAGCUCCCUCUAAGAGCACAUGACCUUUGCUAGAAAUCCAUCAUGCUUUUGUGAUGGGUUUCCAUGCAGACCAAGAGUGUCUUAUGCUCCAUUUUCUUUAGCUCACUUUAAAGUGCACCUCAGCUGUUUUAGUAACUGUUUUUUUUUUCCUGAUGCUUUGGUGUACCUGCUUGUAUCCCAGACAAGUCUCAGGCAGUACAGUCACAUGUUGUACCUGAUGAGUCCCAGACAGGCCCAAGCAGAAGUAUCCUGGUGUGCUGUGUAGAGGCAGCAUCUCUGUUUUGGAUUACAUUGUAAUGGUGGCAAUAAGCAAAGCGAGAUGUGAAGAGGGGAAAAAAUCUGAUAUUUCUUUCUGACAACAAGGAUAAUAAAUCAUUUCUUAACUUAUGGACACAAAAUUGCCAUACAAGGGAAUUACUAAACCCAGUUAGAAAUCGAGUUCUAAUCAAAAGAAUUGAGGUAUUCCCUCAUCGGAAUCAAGGGGUCAAAAAUAAAAACAACAUGCCAAAUGAGUAAUAUGAGUGUUGCAAGCACAAUUUAUCUGCCCCCUGCUAUGUUAUCUUUCCGUGUGCUCUCUCAAAUGUAAUAAAGCUGGCAAAAGUGUUCUCUCCAGGUUAAGGGAAUUGUACUCUAGUCCAACUCAAAGCAACAUUUUAGUAAAAGACAAAGCCAAAAAUAUAAUCCUGAGGACGCCAGACUACAGUUAUGUAGAACUCGGAACAGAAUAUCUAAGUAGGAUGGGUCAAAAAUUGAUCUUUAACAGUAGAACAAACUGACAUCGCAAUGCAUGAGAUAGGUUUUUCAUUUUGCUUUUUUGUUGUGGUUUUUUUUGUGUAUAAGGGUUUCAUGGUCGUUAACACCACUGCCUUCUAGCUCUAGGGUCCCGAGUUCAGUUCUGGCCUUUUAACACUUGUCUGUAUGGAGUUUGCAUGUUUUUCCUAUAUUCGCAUGGGUGUUCACCAGAUGUUGCAGUUUUCAGUCACCUCUAAAAAAAAUCCAGUGUUCCAGCUCUCUUGAUUUUUCCCCUGGGGGUUUAUCCCCAUCAUAGAUAGCAGCACGCACAUAGAUACUUGAAUAACUAAUUAUCUAAUAGAUUGAGUAAAUAACAGUGCAGAAAAAAAAAACAGUUUUGAAGACAAACUAGAAUAAUGGAAAAUCGUGUUAUGUAUUUGCUUUACAUUGGUAUGAGUGUGCUUAUACACUUAACUGUUAUUUUAAAUUGUGGAGCGAUGCAGAAUCUGCAUUGGCUCCAUCUCUCGCAAAAAUUCCCUAAAAACCCAUUUCCUUUGAUCGCAUGUGCUGUGAGUAGCAUAUUCUCGUUGAUUAAUUUCACCAGGACCUUGGUAGACUGUUUUGUUGACUAGUAGUUUAGGACCAGAAACUCACUAAAGCUUUAAAAUAACCUGGUACCAUGCUGGUAAAACACUGUCAUCCGUGACUGUUCAGAAACUGAAGGCUCAGCUGGUUUUGCAUUCUUACAGCUUAUUUCACUGUGCUCGAGGGGAUGAUUUUCGUCCUGAUAACUUCACGUUGGUGGUAUUUGAAUUGUAGGGAAUCUUGUUUGCUUAGUUUACAAAUGCAUAUUUCAUAUUGCCAAUCUGUUGACCAGACAUCCACAAUUGUGCCAGCAAGCACUUUUCAUUCCAGCUGGUGUAGAAAAUGUCCAUUCAGCAGUAGCAUUAGUUAGGCAGCUUUAUUUUUCCAAUAAAAAUAAACUGGAAGGUGAUUUCCUAUAGUCAAACAUAACUGGAUAUAUCCUUAUUAAGUCUAUUUUCUCCAGCAAAAACAGAUAGUCAUAAAAACGAAAAACCCCAAUCAACGACCUGUGUUGAUAACGCAGUGCCUCUCUCCUCUAAAAUCCCUACAGGGUAUGAGAUUGCACCAUGUGUGUCAAAAGUGACAAAUCUAGUGAUUUUCAUGAUCUAAAUGCGAUCAGGCUCUGUUUUUGUUACUUUUUGAUUUGUUGCAUUUCUGCUGUGAUGCCCUGAUGCUUCAUUUUUCUUCCCAGUGCUGUCUGUGCAGUUGAACAUUAAAUCCCACUUAUUUAUCCCUUGUGAAAAUUGGAAAUGGACUCUUGUGGAUUAAAAUCUGAAAGCAGGCAGAAUCGGCACACAAGUAAAAGUGCAUAGGGAUGCAGACUAGCAGGGCUCUUAAUUCUGGUACACUGAAACCAUCCCUAUGUUUCAGGUAUUGCUAAUGUAUCUGCUAAACAGAGUUCUUUAGGAGCCUUCAGCACUGAACCAGAUGUGAGGGACCAUAAAUGGUUUUCCAGUUAUUUCUUCAUGCUCCUGCUGGGUGGAAGUAACAUAUGCUGAGUUUUGCAAAACGGUGUGGAUCUCAGACUAUUUUAUGAUUUAAGAAAUGUUGUGGACAAAAUACAUUUUAAAUUUGAAAGUCCACUUUGACUUUUUAAAAAUGUUUUAAGGAAUGAAUCUCUCUACUAAAUAAUUUUGUGAAAUUAUGCAAUGAAUGAAUCAAGAGCAUUCUCCACACUCUACUCAUGUCCUAUGCUCCUUUGAUAAAUACAAGAGGCCCCUCUAAUUCUGGGGUGGAGGAGGAGGUUUCAGCUAGGAGUUCAUGGAGUACUGGGGAGGUUCUUAUAGGCUGUCUGGUUUGCCUCCAAAACAAACUUGUCACCUUUGAUUAUGAAUACCGUCACACAGAAGAUAUACUAUGGCUGACUAGCAGAUCUGUUGACCUACUGUUGUGCUUUUAGUAGUUAAUGAAGAGUAUAUUAAAUAAUGACUUUAGUUAGAUUUUAUGACUAACUUGACGGUCUCGUUGAGAAAGAGCUUUUGAAAAAGUGGGUGUGUUCCUGAAGAGGUUGAAAGGCCCUUGGUCUAGAGCAUGACGUGUUAGAAUUCAGAAACCCUGCAGCUUUAUAAUUAGAUUUUAAUUGGAUUUCCUUCUUCUGAAGGAGAUUUAUAGAAGGGUAUCUCUCCUAGAUUUCCUGGUGUGUAGCUGCACAUUGAGUUCUUCCAAGAACCUAAAGCAGACUGCUUGAUCAUCCCUGAGCACACACUCACAGGGUAAUUUGGUUGUUCAGCAGAUGCACUGUAGAUAAUAUGCAGAACCUGCUUUGGAGGUCACGUGUCCCCUCCUCUCCCCUCAGCUGAAUGAGUGUUCAUAAAAAAAGACUACAGCUACAUAGUGUAUCUCCUGUAGCAUAAGGAACAGGCUGUGUGAACAUCAGCUGAAGACUGAAUCUAGUAGUGAGACUUGAUUUUGAAGGCCAGAUCUAAACUCUGUUAACGUCUCAUUAACAAUGUGAAUCAAUAUACUUGGGUAUUGCAUUAUAAUAGUUGUAAGUUAAUCGUGAACAGUUAUAUUAGUCCAAAGACUGUUGUUAGAGCUGAGGUGUAUGCUGGGGAUUUGAAGUCUUUUUGAUUAUGGGGUAUGCAUUUCUCAUGGCAGCCAUUCUAAUGCUGGGCUGCAUUGUAAAUCUGAGCCUUAAUUUCUCCAGCUGUAGUAUGGUAGCUCUGCAGUGAAGGAGCCCUGGUGUGGCUGAUCCUCUUAAUGUAGCAUGUCUCAUAUGAACUGACCUGUGUCAGUUUUGCCUCACAGGGGAACAAAUAGUUCAGGCUUCUGAAGUCUGUUUAUUUAUAGUAUCUGUAGGUUUCAACAUACAUGACUAAUAAAACCCAUUUAUUUACUGUUCUUCUUUUUCAUUUCAAUGUGCUUGCUCUUUUUAUUUUUAACACAAGUUGAUUUGGUUGUGUUUUAAUGAUGUUUAAGAAUGUAAUGUAGUGUAUUUUCUCUUUUUACCUGCACUGUUACCAUAGGGUAUUAUUUAACUGUUUCCUAGUAAAGUUUUAAGUUUGCCUUGCAAUUAUGUGGAAAAAAAACAAAAGAAAAACUUGA